CAAAGUUUGUAACACGAUUAGCCGAACACUCUGUUUAGAGUAUCUAGUAUCGGAAGACCUCAGGACUUUAAUAAUGCAGGAGUAACCGGUUGGCCUAUAAAAGUCGUUAAGGGGUACAUUUAUUUAAUAGCCAUGUUUUGGGUCUAUUGUAGAUAAGUGUUUUGUUCUUCAAGAUUUCAAAGUUUUAAUAAAGCUAAUUUAAAUCGCUAAGUACACAGCAUAAAGCAUUCCAAAAACAUGAUGGUAAAAGAUGGUAAACAGACUGUGUUGAACGUUGGAUCUAUUAAUUAUAUUUCGCGGAUGUGUGUAUUCAAGCACCCCCUCGUUGGGGGAGGGAAGAAAGCUAAGCCAAUGAGAAAGAAGACGAGUUACGCCUGCGCCAGGACGGGGCUAUACAAAGCUUCUUAAUUUAGAACAAUUAGUAUUUGGUUGUAAUCGGUGCGGUGAAAUGUACUCUUUGUACAGGGGUUGGUUGAAGGGCGAAGAGAACGAAGCCGUCGUGAUGAUAACGGUCGGGGUCGGUGAAGAGAGCCGUCAGUUUUCCGGCCGGAGGACCUUGCUCGCCCACCACAGCGGCUACAUCAAGUCCCUCUUAGAAAAUUCCCAAAGGAAUCACAUAUCCGUACCGAGCAUAAGCCCUCACGUCUUCGCUGCGAUCCUCAACUUCAUAAACACCGGUUUCUUGGACUUGAAUCCCGAGAACAUAUACUCGAUUUUACUGGCGACCCAUCUCCUCCACAUGCCGAGGGCGGUCGAGAUCUGCAGGAACUACCUUCUCGGGGAGAGGCUGAGAAACCCGAGCCCGAACCUGGUGAAACCCAUCCCGAGCAGGAAAUACAUCCCGACGGCGUUGUACUGGCCGCCUCCGCCUCCUCCUCAUUUUUUCUCGGCGCCGAUCCCUCCUCCUUUCGGCCUUCCUCCGUACAACGUGCCGCACGUCGUAGGAAGAAGCGGCGGCGAAGACGGCGUCCCCGAAGAAGCGGGAGGACACGAGCCGACGGCCGGCGAAGACCCGGUGCCUUCGACCUCCGUAGAACGACCUCCGCCUCCUCCGCCACCGACUCUUCACGACUUCCAGCGGGACAGAUCUCCCGGUUUCGGUUCUCAUUCUUCCGACACGGUCAGCGUGAAAUCCAACAAAGGCGUUUUAAAGGACAUCGCCUGCUGUGACGGGCCCGUCAGGUUUAAAAGGGUGCUCAAUUUAAACUACGGCGUCCUCUCAGACAGCGAAAACAACUCGAAAGAUGGCGAAAACGGGAGAAACGACACAGACAACAAGCGAGUUUUUAUUUGCGGCUUUUGUAAACACACUUUUAAAAGCCAUUACUGCUACAGAAAACACACGAGAAGACAUUUGAACCCCGUCACCCUCAGUGCUGUCAACAACCCGGAAAAAGACACCAAAGACAUGAAUGUACAGUAUUAUCCAUGCAAGACAUGCGGCUCCAAAUUUCCUAGUUACUACUUCGUUCACAAACAUAGAAAAUUGUGCCAUGCGAACGAACCGUUUAUUAAAGAGAAACUACCCUCCAACAACAGCCAGAACGAAGAGCCUGCGGAGUGAGCUAAGGUAAAUUUGGAGAAAAUAAUAACACCUAACACGCCGAUGCAGAGAAUAUCGUUAAUAUUUUGAUCGCAGACACUUUACGUUUCUAGACAAAAUCCGAUUUAAUUUAAUUAAUACCAAUAGAAAUUAAUUAUCCUCUUAAGAACCUCUAUAAUAAUAGUUUCACUUUGUCCCAUUAGUAAAUGCAUAAUUGGAGAAAUUUCUUAGUUGUGUUUACUCCCUGACAAGUCAAAUGAAGGGACUAUUAUCAUACGCUUUGGCUCAAAUAUUGACUUGAUAACUGUAAAAAUUAUAUUCCUGUCACAGUUUGUAAAUAGAUUUUCAUGUCGUGCUCUAAACGAAAAUCUUAAAGGCUAUUUAUGUACAUAAAAACAAUUGGAUCAGUAUAAAUUUUAUUGCCCAAAAGUAGCCUAACGGAAACCCAGUGCCAAAAACAAAUUUUAAUAACAUUCCAGGUAAAUUGUAGCUAAAAUUUGUGAUGCUUCCGGCAGUAAUUUAUAGGACAAUCAUUAGACUUUUAGGUUUAUAAUGUUUAGC